UUGAUCUUGUUGAAUUAGUUUUAUUUGUAGUAUCAAAGGAAUACUUGAAUUGUUCUGUCACUUGUGCAUAUACACUAUUUGUUUAUUCAAAAUUACCUUGAGUUACGUUCUGUUGAGCUGAUUCAUAAAACCUUAAAUGGAAACGACAAACUUCUAAAGGAAAUAUCUUGCAGUUUUCUUAGCGAUCACUUUUUCAUUUCAGUGCGUUUUUUUUUUAUUUGCAAUUAAUGGAACUUAGCAAUGAGUAGUAAAUUACAAUGAACAAAAGUACCAAAUGUCCUGUGAAAAAUAGUUUAUGCUACAAUGGCUUCUUUAAGCAGGAAAUCAUGGAAGCUUCAAGAUUUUAUGGCCCACAAUGCCAAUGUGAAUUGCCUUGCUUUGGGGCACAAGUCCGGACGAGUGAUGGUAACAGGAGGAGAUGACAAGAAAGUUAACUUAUGGGCUGUGGGUAAAGAGAGCUGUUUUAUGAGCCUUAGUGGGCACUUGACCCCAAUUGAAUGUGUUCAGUUCAAUCAGUUAGAAGAACUGGUGUGUGCAGGAUCACGAGCAGGUGCCCUAAAAGUUUGGGAUUUGGAAGCUGCAAAAUUAGUGAGAACCCUAAAUGGUCAUAAACAGAAGAUAAAAUGUACAGACUUUCAUCCGUAUGGAGAUUUGCUCACUUCAGGCAGUUCAGAUAGCUCAAUAAAAUUGUGGGACACCCGUAAAAAGGGAGUAAUCUAUACUUACAAUGGACAUCAGGGCACUGUGAAUAAUAUAAAGUUCAGCCCUGAUGGACAGUGGUUGGCAUCUGGUGGUGAUGAUGCUACUGUUAAAAUUUGGGAUCUAAGAGUGGGUCGUGUGUUAAAAGAUUUUAGUGACCAUUUAAAUGCUGUUACAUGUGUAGAGUUUCACCCUCAUGAAUUUUUGUUAGCAACCGGUAGCGUAGAUCGCACAGUGCAUUUCUUUGACCUGGAAAAUUUUAAUUUAGUAUCAAGCGAGAAUGAUUUAGAAGCUGUACGGUGCUUAUAUUUUAAUCCCGAUGGUGAGUGUUUGUUUACGGGAGUGCGUGAUUAUUUAAAAAUUAUUGGCUGGGAGCCCAGUAGACUACAUGAUUCCAUACCAGUUUCAUGGGGAAGAGUCUGUGAUAUUUCAACUGCUCAAAAUCAGUUGGUUGGAGCAUCGUUCUACCUGACCAACGUCCAAAUUUACGUAGUAGACCUGAAAAAAUGCCUUCCUCUGGGCUCAGAAGAUUCAACCGAGUCCCCUUAUCCAGCCAGUCCUUUUGUACCAAAUUCCAGUCUACGAAAGAGUUUUUCAAAAGCAGAACGACCGAUUAGUCUAAAAGGACGCACUCUAGAUGUAAAAACUAUUGAAGAAAACACAUCGGGCACUGAUCCCGAAGAAGAAUCCAUUGCUGAUAUUACUAACCUCAAGGAUUAUAAAGAAAUAUUCAGGGGAAGGGGGCUGUCGAGAACACCGCCUCCGGAACCGGAGCCGUUUCAGGAACCCGAAAGAGAUUACAUAGCGGUUACCAAGCGGGACGGGCAUUUCAAUCCCGCAGAGCCGCAAAUACUAGGCGACACGGCCACAGAGGAGAACUUCGAGGCUCUCUCGCUGGACAACAAUCUGAACAACUAUCACAAUUCGGAUCCUCCGACAAUCGCUCCUAAUCAGUAUUCGCGAUCAAAGUCGAACUUAGACCAGGUCUACCUCAGUCGAUUGACCCGACAACAAGAGAGAGAAAAUCUGCAGACUACUAACGCCAAUAGAAUAAAAAAUGUUCCCAAAUUCAACCUCCAGCGACAAGGUAGCGUUAAAGAUGUGCCUGAAAAAGUACCCAAAGGUGCCGGUAUUAAACAUAGCGCUUCAGAAGCUAACAUUAACAAAGGAUAUUCUUCGUCGAGAAACGUCUCGAGAAAGAAUUCUUUCUCCAAACCUAGUCGUAACUCAAGUGUACCUAACGUUUCCAUAACUAAAGCUACGAACGGUGCCAGAAUAAAUGACAAACCUGCCAUUCGACCCGUCAGUAUUAGUAAUCAACCUGUCGAUAUAUACGUCAGAAGUUCAAAGUUGUCUCCAGACGAAGUGCCUGUAGAGGAACCAGAAUUUAUCCCUACUUACAUCGACAAACCCGUCGGGUUGGAGUUGGAUGACUUUUUACCCAAAAACCACAGUUUGUUUGGUUUCCACCAGCAUCUGCCCGAAAUGUCUGAAGCGGAAGGUUUGGGCGUACUCAUGCGGGGAAAUCAACCCAUGUCGGGUAUCAUAUCGACUAGAAUGAGAAGCAUGAAGGUCGUUUUGACGCAGUUGACGAACAAAGAUAUUAAAUCGGCUGUAGAGGCCGCCGUGACCAUGGACGACGUUAGCGUACUCGUCGAUGUGUUGAGUGUAAUUAACGUGAAGUACACAAUCUGGAGUCUGGAUCUUUGUGUCAUUAUUCUGCCAAAGCUCUUGGAUUUGGUUCAAAGCAAAUAUGAGCAAUAUAUGACAAUAGGCUGCAAUACUCUAAAACUAAUUCUCAGGCAUUUCGGGCCUGUGAUACGGAGCAAUAUCCAGUGUCCGGUAGGUAGUUUCGGCGUGGACAUACCUCGCGAGGAGCGGUACAAGAAAUCGGUAAAGUGCCACGAACUGUUGUCCCAAUUGCGUACGCAAACUGUAAAGAAAGUGACGCUGCCCGGUACCGUAGGGGCGUUAUUUCGUGAGGUGGAAACGAUGAUGGUCAACUCGUUGGACUGACGAAACGCUCGAGUGCCCCUGGUGGCAUUCAAGAACGCUAGUAUUUGAGUACUAUAACCAACAUUAUGACAUUACUUAACUCUUGAUUGGCAAAUAAUGAUGGUUUGCGAAAAUAACCGCACGCACACUUGGUAAAGAUGAUAAUUGAGUUUGAUGUUUUAAUAAUUUCUUGAAAACCAUAACAAAUAGCGUAUAACAUUUGGGGUAUAGUACUGACUGAUUUUCUUGUUACUAAUUCACAUUAUAAUAAUUUAUAUUUAUUUAUAGAAAACAAUUUUAUAUCGCGUUAAUUACUAAAAAUAACAAUGUGAUAUUUCUAUUUUGUAAGGAAUUGUGUUGAUUUUUGACCCAUAAAAAAAUCCAUUGACAUAAAGGCGCAGGUAUUUAGAUCAGUCCUAUGAUAGUUGAUAUUGAUAUGUACAUAAAAUUGUUAUCGGUUGAGAAAAAAUCACCUUUAAAAAACCGCAGUAUAUUUUUUACCUAAAGUAAAUUAACAUAAAUAAAGUAACAUUUAAUAUUAAGAGUUGAAGAGUCCGUCCACUACGGUUAGCAUCCAUUAUUUUAAACGGAAUAACAUAUUUUCUGAUACUUUCAUAUCGAACGCCCUAUAGUGAGAUGAAGCAGUAAGGGACCUAAUUCGGUGUAAUACAAAUUGCGAUAUUGCAUGGUUAUAUAUUUUUUCUUGCCUGUCUGUAACUUUUCCCUUUUUUUGUGUGUUUGUUUCGAAUUGUGCCAUUGUGUUAUUUUUGCAACGAUAUUUUAAUGUGACAGCGCGCAUUUUAAAAAAUUCUGUAAAAAUUGUAACAAAACUAGAUUGCAAAGUGUAAUAUUUAUGAUAAUACAUAUGAAAUGUAACAGUG